AAAUACGCACACUCAACGUGCUGUAAACUCUUUGUUUAUUGCGCGACGGCUACUCCCUUCUCUAGUAUAUACAUCACGACCCUUUCACAGCUUUUGCCAUGCCUUCGCCCACGCCCCCCUCGACCAUCAGCAUCAAUCCUGGCGCUGCUAUCAGUGACACGGCGCCGGGUGCGGCGGAAUUCUCCUCGCCGAUUGGGUCGGCAGGGACAAAGGUUACUUUUGGAACGGGCGCAUACGUGGCGCCGGUCCCUUCCCCUACCGGAAAUAUCCCCGCAGCUGGGAACAACAACAAGUGAAUGAAGCGAACCACCACCGUACUUUGCUCCAAAGCAGCAAUCGACGACGUUGCCAGCCAAAGGAUAUUCAACGCGUUUCCGAGGGCAUUCCGUUAGUUACCGGGAUCCAUGAGAGGAGGUACAAAUACACUAUGCCUGGGUGUGGCAUUUAUGGUAAAAUGAGGCAUCCUACUAUUAUAGUCUACUGGUCAAUGCGUUCCUUCCUUCAAAUGAGUCAGUCUAUUGUAGGUCGUCGGGUUUGCGCGACAAGCAGUCUAGAGAUUCCCUCCGUGCUGCUGUCUUGUCUGUAUGUAAGUGUGCCCUUGGUCGCGAUCGCGGGUUUCCCUGCCGUACGUACAGGUUGCAACGGAUCCGUGGUACAACUUGCAAGUUUCAUGUAAAUAUUCGUUUUUCGGAUGCUCCAUCUCCGGUGUGAAGGGUCAUCCUGAUGAAGAACUUUGCAUAAGAGCACGAUCCAGAGUGGGAAAAACAAAAUAUCUAGAAUUUAUAUAUCCGUAUAUUCCAGUCUCUCGACGUGGAUUCACCUCAUGCGUUGCGAAGCUCUUGCGUCAUUUGUCCGUGAAGUCGUGUGGGUGUGUCCCUGUGCCGUAUGGAAACCUUACCAGACUGGGAGCAGUUUAGACGUUCAGUCUUGACUAAUUCUGCCUGUACGGUGUAAUCUGUUGACGCGGGGGGGGCGUUUUCAGCUUGUAGGUCAUUCUCGUCUUCAGGUGAACACAAAGACAGUAACUACUGGUGUUUGUUAAGUUUAGCAGCGAGGAAUGCGGGUUUUGAGAACCACGAGCACAACUCACCAAAAAAGCUCGAACAGGGCCGGCCGGCACAUGGGUUCACAAGAAAGGACACCAAUGCUGCUCGGACUACCACCAAACUUCAGGUCAG